UUUCAAGCCUGCUAAAUAAAACCGGACUGUCGGGAUGGCAUGGCACUUGACUAACCAGUCUGUUUACAGGAUAGAUUCUCCAUCCAGUUUGCACAAUGUUCAAAAGGCAAAAUUUCCUUCACUCAGAACGCAAAAGAGAAUCAUUCUUUCAAGGAUUUGCAAGGUCCUCAGUGAGCGAUGACCUGAGAAGUUUUCACACUCUGUCGCGGUUUGUACUCUCAGCAUGCCCUCUAAGAUCUCCAGUCCUCAAACAUGCAAAAACUGCUCACUUUGAGAUUGAAAUACUUGAUGCUCAAACCAGGAAACAGAUAUGUAUUGUGGAUAAGCUAAUCCUCUGUCAGGACUCUGAACUGAAACCUGCUGAAGUCUCAAUAAAGCAGAGGAGAUACAUGGCUAAAUCUGUGACACAAUCGUCUACUGUUCAUGAUGUUAAACAAAAAUUUCAUAAAGCAUGUCCAAAGUGGUAUCCUUCUCGAAUUGGGCUACAGCUGGAAUGUGGUGGGCCCUUCUUGAAGGACUACAUCCCUAUUCAGAGUAUUGCAGCAUCUUCAAUCGUUACACUGUACUUUACAGACUUGGGUCGCCAAGUCAGCUGGACCACAGUGUUUCUGGCUGAAUAUACAGGACCUCUGCUAAUAUACCUCCUUUUUUACUUGCGGAUUUCCAGCAUAUAUGACCUGAAAGACAGCGCUAGAAGCCUGCGCCACCCGGUGGUACAUUUGGCUUGCCUGUGUCAUUGCAUACACUACAUCCGGUAUAUUUUGGAAACUUUAUUUGUUCACAAAGUUUCUGCAGGUCGUACACCUUUGAAAAAUUUGCUAAAGAGUUGUGCAUUAUAUUGGGGUUUCACUUCUUGGAUUGCCUACUACAUUAAUCACCCGCAUUACACCCCACCAUCAUUUGGAAACAGACAAAUAACUGUAUCUGCUAUCAAUUUCCUGAUUUGUGAAGCUGGGAAUCAUUUCAUCAAUGUAAUAUUGGCUCACCCGAAUCACACAGGAAAUAAUGCCUGCUUUCCAAGUGCAAAUUAUAACCCCUUCACAUGGAUGUUUCUGCUGGUUUCAUGUCCAAACUACACAUAUGAGAUUGGAUCAUGGAUUAGUUUCACAAUCAUGACACAAACACUACCAGCUGGAAUUUUUACACUUCUGAUGAGUAUUCAGAUGGCUUUGUGGGCAAAAAAGAAACAUAAAUUUUACCUGAAGAAGUUCAACUCAUAUAUGCACAGAAAAUCAGCUAUAAUCCCAUUUGUACUGUGAAAAUAUAAGUAUUCUAAUAUCAAGAAAUACAAUAUAUAAACUCACUACCUAAAACUUACUUAAGGGCAGUUAAGUAAUGUAUCAAUUUAUGAGCAACAAUAGUAUAAUAACUAAUUAAAGUAUGAAAUGUUAGAAUUUAUCAAAAUUGAUAGCUUUUAAGACUAAGUAAGGAACAGUGGGAAUCAUAAAUAUGGACUACCAAAGAAAUGUCUUCACACCUCAGCAGUUCACUGCAUUAAUGUGUAUCUGGAAGCUAAUGGUGAGCUCUUCUUGCAGUUGUGGAGGUAAAAGGUAAUGUGUUAUUUUCAUGAAAUCUCAAUAAAUUUAAAACUAAAAUAUUCAUGCAAGUUUUUCUUUUUCUGUGGUAUAUUUUUGUGGUACUCCCUGUAAUUAAUGAAAUACAAAAUAUUUCUAAGAAGUUAAUGUUCAAAAACCUUUGACUCCAUUAAUAUAUUAUGAAGUUUUUAGUGAACAUUAAUUUUCAUAGGUUAAUUAAUGAGUUAUGAACUAAAUACUUUUAAUAUUAAUUCAAAAUUACUUGAAUUUUAUAUAUUAAUUUGACAGCAGUUUAGUGUUUUAUUGUUCAUUGUGUUAUUAAAUAUCACAUCUUACUAUUUUAAUUUCUUGUAAAAAUUUGACCCAAAAUUAAAAAAUAAAAUUUGCAGUCAUUUAUCUUAUUUAUUUAUAACAUAUCCAGUGUAUGCAUUAUUCUAUGUUUAUUGC